CCGCCUCUUUUGGCCCCGCCUCUUGUGUUGGCAGGUUGGCCAAUCCGGUCCUAGCCGGUAACGGGGCGCUGUACCGCGCGUGGGUUCUCCCCUUCGCCCUCUUUUGCUUCUAGGCGCUCGCGGAGUCCAGGCGCUUUCUUCCCGCCUGCUUUGCUGCUCGUUGGACAGCGGUACAAAGAGACAUGGAUCGCGAAUCCCAGCCGCUCACUUUGGAGGAACUUUUGACUCUGCCUGUCAUCACCGAUUGGGUCUUCCUCCCUCCUCCGCUUCAGACAGUCUUUGACUGUGGGCCACCUGGAAGAGUCUGUUCUCUCUCUACUCCGGCCUUCCCCAAAGUUGAAUAGAUCCCAAGGAAAACAAUAGCUGCAUAUAUUCUUGCUUAGUUCCCAUUUGAUAUUUUUUAAGAAUGGCGGAAGCCCAUCAAGCAGUUGCGUUUCAGUUUACAGUAACACCAGAUGGAAUUGAUUUGCGCAUGAGCCAUGAAGCUCUUAGGCAGAUCUAUCUAUCUGGGCUUUAUUCCUGGAAAAAGAAAUUCAUCAGAUUCAAGAAUGGCAUAAUCACAGGAGUCUAUCCUGCUAGCCCAUCCAGUUGGCUCAUUGUUGUAGUAGGAGUAAUGUCAACUAUGUAUGCAAAAAUAGAUCCUUCACUGGGAUUAAUAGCUAAAAUCAACCGGACCCUGGAUACAACUGGCUAUAUGUCCAAUCAAACGCAGAAUAUUGUCAGUGGGAUUCUGUUUGGGACAGGGCUGUGGGUGACUCUUAUUUUCUCAAUGCGCUACUCUUUGAAGAUGCUGCUUUCAUACCAUGGUUGGAUAUUUGCAGAGCAUGGAAAACUUUCUACAGGAACCAAGAUAUGGAUGGCACUUGUGAAACUUUUCUCUGGUCGUAAACCAAUGCUAUAUAGCUUUCAGACCUCAUUACCACGCCUUCCUGUUCCAGCUGUAAAGGAUACUGUAAAUAGGUAUUUAGAAUCGGUGCGUCCACUUAUGAACAAUGAAGAAUUUAAAAGAAUGGAAAGUCUUGGCAAAGAUUUUGCUGUAAAUCUGGGACCAAAGCUACAGUGGUAUCUAAAAUUAAAGUCUUGGUGGGCUACAAAUUAUGUUAGUGAUUGGUGGGAAGAAUACAUUUAUCUUAGAGGACGUGGGCCUAUCAUGGUAAACAGUAAUUACUUUGCGAUGGAUUUUCUGUAUUUUACUCCAACUGCUGUACAGGCAGCUAGAGCUGGCAACGCCAUCCAUGCUAUCUUGCUGUAUAGAAGAAAACUGGAUAGACAACAAAUCCAGCCAAUUCUUCUGAUGGGAUCCACUGUUCCACUCUGCUCAGCUCAAUGGGAGAGGAUGUUUAACACCUCCCGUAUUCCAGGAAAUGAAACAGACACUAUCCAGCAUUUGAAGGACAGCAAACAUAUUGCUGUAUAUCAUAAGGGACGCUAUUACAAAGUAUGGUUGUACUAUGAUGGCAGACUCCUGAAACCCAGGGAGAUUGAGCAGCAGGUGCAGUGGAUCCUAAAUGACAAAUCUGAGCCUCAGCCGGGUGAAGAGAAGUUAGCAGCUCUUACUGCUGGAGACAGAGUUCCUUGGGCUAAAGCUCGCCAAACGUAUUUUGCAAGAGGAAAGAACAAGCAGUCAUUGGAUGCAAUUGAAAAGGCUGCUUUCUUUGUUACUUUGGACGAUACUGUUCAAGGUUACAGAGAAGAGGAUCCAGUUAAAUCAAUGGAUGCAUAUGCAAAGGCACUUCUACACGGCAAAUGCUAUGACAGGUGGUUUGACAAGUCGUUUAAUCUCAUAGUGUUCAGAAAUGGCAAAAUGGGCCUGAAUACUGAACACUCUUGGGCAGAUGCCCCAAUUGUCGGACAUCUCUGGGAGAAUGUCAUGUUUUCUGACUGUCUUGAAUUGGGAUACACAGAAGAUGGACACUGCAAAGGGGAGGCUACUCUAGGCAUUCCUAUGCCUACCAAGCUGCAGUGGGAAAUCUCUGAAGAGUGCCAAGAAGUGAUUGAGAAGUCUCUCGACAUUGCAAGGCCAUUAGCAGAUGAUGUGGAUUUUCAUUCUUUUUCUUUUGAUAUAUUUGGGAAAGGAUUAAUGAAGAAAACCAAAACUAGUCCCGAUGCAUUUGUGCAACUUGCUUUGCAAUUGGCUCAUUAUCGGGACAUGGGAAAAUUUUGCUUAACAUACGAAGCAUCUAUGACCCGCCUGUUUAGAGAAGGCAGAACAGAAACAGUCCGCUCAUGUACUGUCCAGUCCUGCAAAUUUGUGCAAGCUAUGGAAGACCCAAAUGAAAUUCCUGAAAAGAAGCGUAAUCUGUUCAAGGCUGCUGCUGAUAAUCAUCAGCGCUUAUAUCGUCUGGCCAUGACUGGUGCUGGCAUUGAUCGUCAUCUUUUCUGUCUUUAUGUGGUCUCCAAAUACCUUGCUGUUGAAUCACCUUUUCUAAAAGAAGUUUUGGCAGAACCCUGGAGACUUUCAACAAGUCAAACACCUCAACAACACAUUGAUCUGAAUAAGAAUCCUGGAAUGGAGUCCAGUGGUGGAGGCUUUGGACCUGUUGCUGAUGAUGGUUAUGGUGUAUCUUACAUUAUUGUGGGUGAGAAUCUCAUCAACUUCCAUGUAUCCAGUAAAUUUUCCUGUACUGAAACAAAUUCUCAUCGCUUUGGGAAAAACCUCAAUCAAGCAUUGUGCGACAUCCGUGAUUUGUUUCACCUUGGCAAAAAUUCUACUAAAUGAUGUUUUAACAGUAGAACUAGUUGGUCAAUGUUGGAGAUGAGAACUCUUCUGUACAGUGACUGAAAAUAAGCUAUGCUGAGCAGCAAUCCAUUCCCAGGUAUAUAAACAACCAUUCUUGUGUGCUUUCGAUGGUCCAUCCGUUUAAUUCUUCAGAAGAAUUUUCUUUUUCAAGAGAAAUGACUGUUGAGAUUUUUAUAUUUGCUGGGAAAUAGCAACAUGAAAUUUAUUCCUAGUUUGUCUUAAUUUAACAAUUUUUUAUUUGUGUUCUAUAAAUUAAGAGAAUAUGUAUUAUCUUAUGUUAAUAGAAAAAUAUGACUUGAAAUAUAACAGCAGAAGACAUAAUUGAUUUAAUUGUUGGGAGUUUUUUCAGAAAGUUACCAUUUAGGACAUACAUAAUAAAGGCAUUUCAUUGAACAUUUAGAAACAUCAGGAAAAUGUAGUGAAUUGUGCUUGGUGGGGGAAAAUAUUUUGCUAUUUGGAAUUAAGCCUGUCUUGUUACUUGAAAUGUCAGAUGAGGCUUUUUCUGUAUAUAAUUUUAAAGCCUGUAUUUGCUGAAUUUCAAAAGUGGAAUGGCUGAAUUUCAAAAUAAGAAUUGCUGAAUUUGCAAUGUUGAAUAUAGUAUCUGCAGAUAAAAAUGGGUAUGUUUUCAUGAAAAAUCUUACAAAUAAUUUUUAUUUGUAUUAUAAUAAAAGCUAUUUCUUAUGAUAAUAUUUUUUACACUGUUACAAAAAAAGUGAAAUUAUCUUGCUUCAGGAGUUUAUUCAGUUUGUUUCAUCCCAUCACUCCUUGUGCAUUACAAUUAAUCAGCUGGUUUAAAAUCUGUUGGGACAAUCUUCAGUGUAAAGACCAGAUCACCUUCUGCCUUAAGCAAUUAUCGUAUGACUCAUAAAUAGGCAUUAAUAUAAAUACCUAACACUUAAAUGUCAUAGUUUAAAUUGGAGUUAUCUCAGAUUUUUUUAAAAUGUAGAGAAUAUGACAAAUCAUGAAUGGUGUUACUAAAAAAUCUGCAUUAGAAAUUACUAAGAAAAAAGAUAGUUGGUCUUAUGGCUGGCAGGAACUUUAUUCUGGAACCAGAAAUGCAAAUAUUACAAAAAUCAGAAAAUGAAAUUUUAACAGUCUUUACAAUUCUUAUCAGUCUCUCAUAAGUCUUUACAUAAGAUCUAAAAGGCCUUAUCCAGCAAUUGUCUGUUUUUCCAAAUUUAAUGGCUUUAAGACACAUCAAGUAACAAAUAUGGAGGUUAAUCUAAUUAAACCCUGAUGUUCAAGAGCUUUUAAUACCAAUAGAAGAUAUGGGACUGAAGUUGCUGUCCUGAGAAUUUGCUAUUAAAUUCUUUGACUUCAAUUAAAAUAAAAAUAAAAUAAAUUAAUUAAUUAAUGCAAAUCAGUUAUAUUAUUCCCUAAAUAAAUAUUGAUGUAUAAAUCUGCAAAAGAAUAGACGGGGCGUGUUUCAUAUGAUCAAGAAUGAUAAACAUCACAAAAUUAUGGGGGGGGGGAAGCAAUGGAUGUCAUGCUGCAUUCUUAAGUCAGUGUUCUGUUAAGUUAUAUGCUUUAUUUUAACAACUGACCCAUCUCUAUAUUCUAAGAAUCUUCUUUUAUCAAGAGCAUUAUUAGGUUUGACUCAGGUUUUAGAUAUUUGAAUUGUAAACAUGCUUCAUUAGUGCAUUAUCAAUGCAAUGUUUCAUAUUUUAAGGAAAUGUAAAUGUGUAAUUGGCUGAAGUUAACAUGAAUUUUACUGUAAGUGAUUGAAAGGUUAAAUGUCUUUUUUUAAAAAAAAAAUGAUACAAAAACAAUUUCUGACCUUGGUUUAUAUCCUCUUAGAAUGUCAACUGCCUGUAUAUAAUACUGCUUUUGGUUGUAAAUCUUUAAACACAUAGUAAACAGCUUAUUCUUAAUAAAAAUAUUAUUUAAAAGUG